AUGACGACGGCAGGGUGGACGUCUUCUAUGUUCUUUCCCUCAUCCACACAUACUAUUUCGAGAAGUCCUCUAACAAUCUGCGGUACCUUCUAGGCUUAUGUCCUCCCCCGUCCAACUCCUCCCACUUCUUCCACUCCUUCUGAAUACUUCCAAACGAGCCCCGCUAUAGUGCUGUGCUCAGUGGACCCUCCAAGUUGCCAAAUUUUUCAAAUGGGUGGUCAACCGUUUGAGGCGUUCCGUAAGAAUCGCAAACGAAAGAAGACGAAAAAUAAGAAGAAACGAAGAAAUAACAAUAAUUCAAAGAACAAAACUCCCAACACUUUUCCUAAUGAAAUUGAAGAGCAAGACCCCGUAUCAUCACUUCCGACAUUCCCAGCUAAAAAAUUUGGACUAAAACUUCAACUUACUCUCACUUCUUCUCCUACUAACUCAUCUAGUCCUAUUUCGAGUUCUUCACCAACCAAUGGUGGCUUCAAACAAUUCGCACAACAAUAUCCUCAAUUGUGCGAGAGUUCAGAAGGAAUGACUCGUUUGCCACAAAGCCUCUCACAACCAUGUCUAUCCCAACCAACUGGAGAUGGAAUCACAUUGAUCACUCCAAAUAUUUAUCUCGGAAGUCAAAUUGAUAGCUUGGAUGAGACCAUGUUAGAUGCUCUUGAUAUCAGUGUUGUCAUCAACCUUUCUAUGACUUGCCCCAAAUCCGUAUGCAUCAAAGAAGAUAAGAAUUUUAUGAGAAUCCCAGUAAAUGACUCCUAUCAAGAAAAACUUUCUCCAUAUUUUCCAAUGGCUUAUGAAUUUCUUGAAAAAUGCAGAAGAGCCGGAAAGAAGUGCCUGAUUCAUUGUUUGGCUGGCAUUUCUAGAAGCCCCACACUGGCUAUUUCGUAUAUUAUGCGCUACAUGAAAAUGGGAAGCGAUGAUGCAUACAGAUAUGUGAAAGAGCGUCGCCCUUCGAUCUCGCCAAACUUCAAUUUUAUGGGACAAUUGCUUGAAUACGAGAAUGUUUUAAUCAAAGAUCAUGUGCUUGACUACAAUCAAGCUUCAAGACCACACCGACAUAUGGACUACUAUGGGCCAUCUGAUCUGUGUCCACCAAAGGUUCCAAAAAGUGCAUCAUCCAACUGUGUAUUCCCUGGAAGUACUCAUGAUGAAUCAUCACCAUCUUCUCCUUCUGUAUCAGAAGGAUCAGCUGCAAGUGAGCCUGAGACAUCAUCAUCAGCUGCUUCAUCUUCAUCAACUGCAUCUGCACCUCCAUCGAUGCCUUCUACAAGUGAACAAGGAACAUCGUCAGGAACAGUUAAUGUCAAUGGAAAGAGAAAUAUGACCAUGGAUUUGGGACUUCCCCAUCGCCCAAAAGCUCUUGGACUUCCAUCAAGAAUCGGUACUUCUGUUGCGGAGCUGCCGUCUCCAUCAACUGAACUUUCGAGAUUAAGCUUUAAUGGUCCAGAAGCAAUUGCUCCAUCUACUCCAAUUCUUAACUUUACCAACCCAUGUUUCAAUUCUCCAAUCAUCCCAGUUGCAUCUAGCUCGCGAGAAGUUAUUCUGACCCUUCCAACUCCAGCUGCUUCAUCUUCUUCUUCAACAUCAUCUGAACCAUCUUUUGAUUUCUCAUCAUUUGAAUCUUCAUCAUCGUCUUCAAUUGUUGUCGAGAACCCAUUUUUCGCCAGCACAGAAGUGCCUGCUGGAUCAUCAUCGAUAUCCACACCAUCUGGAUCACAAUCAACUCCAGCAUCUGCUUCUUCAUCAGCUGCUUCUAGAUGCAGAAUGAAGGGAUUCUUUAAAGUAUUCAGCAAGAAGGCUCCAGCUUCAACUUCCACCCCGGCUUCCUCAACCCCUGGAACUUCCCGAGCAGCUCGUCCAGAAUGUCUCCGAUCAUCCGGCAUCAUUAUCUCAGCACCAGUUCUUGCAAUUACAGAAGAAGAAGAUGCCGAGUCUCCAGAAUCGGGGUUUAACGAACCCGAAGUCGGAGAAGAAGACGAUGAUUCGGUGUCAAUUUGCUCGACGAGCUCUUUGGAAAUUCCGUGUCACCAGUAAUUUUGUGAACAUCAUUCUCUAGUCCACACAUAAGUUUCUUCAAAUUGAAGAAGAACUAUGAAAAAUGAUUGAAAAUUCUUUAUUUCAAUCAGAACCAUUUUUCAUCCAUCUCUCCCAACAUCAUUACUCUCAUUACAAUAUGUGAUAAUUGUAUCCCCUUCAUCAAUCCAUCCCACUUCACCCCCUCUCCACAUUUUUAAAGUGUCGACGGGUACUGUGUGCUCUUGAUUUUGAGCCCUGACCCCCUUCCCCAAGUUCUUCUUCAUGAAAAGCAAUAUUUGAACUCGUGAUGUUCGAUUCUUUCCGUUUCUUUUUUAUUUUUUUUUAUUUUUUAUAUCUUGAAUCCAUUAGAGUAUCCCAAUUUUAUCAACCAUGUUACUUUAUUUGACAUUACAUUUUUUGUAUAUAACCCGGCAAAUUUCAUUUAUUUAUACCAUUCAACCCCACCAACCAAAACAUCACCCCCAAUUUUUCAUUUUUAAACCUCUACUGAUUCUGGUCUAGCCUGACGUACCACACAUUUAAUUAUGUGGAAUUGAAAGAAUAAUUCAAUUAAUAAUAAUGAAAAAAGUUUUUUUUU